GUGAUCAGCCAACCCACCAUAUUAUUCUACAACCUUCAAUACUAGCCAAUCACCGGUGAUCUAUGUCAAUAUUCAAUACAGACGUACUAAUCUUAUUGGCAGAAGACUAUGGAACAAAGUGCUAUGGCAAAGCCUGUUCAGAUUGAAGUUUGGAACCCGAAUGGGAAAUACAGAGUUGUUAGCACUAAAUCUAUGCCUGGAACUCGCUGGAUCAAUCUCUUGAUUGAACAAGAUUGUAGAGUUGAGAUAUGCACACAGAAGAAAACCAUACUAUCUGUGGAGGAUAUUAUUGCUUUAAUUGGAGAUAAGUGUGAUGGAGUAAUUGGUCAGUUAACAGAAGAUUGGGGAGAGACUUUGUUUGCAGCUUUAAGCAGAGCUGGAGGGAAAGCUUUUAGUAAUAUGGCUGUUGGGUAUAACAAUGUUGAUGUUAAUGCUGCCAAUAAGUAUGGUGUUGCUGUUGGAAACACUCCUGGAGUUCUUACGGAGACAACUGCAGAGUUGGCAGCUUCACUUUCAUUAGCAGCAGCCAGAAGAAUUGUUGAAGCUGAUGAGUUCAUGAGGGCGGGCUUAUAUGAUGGAUGGCUUCCUCAUCUGUUUGUGGGAAACUUGCUCAAAGGACAGACAGUUGGUGUCAUUGGAGCUGGUCGUAUUGGAUCUGCUUAUGCCAGAAUGAUGGUUGAAGGGUUCAAAAUGAAUCUAAUUUACUUUGAUCUUUAUCAAGCCACACGCCUAGAGAAGUUUGUUACAGCAUAUGGUGCAUUCUUACAAGCCAACGGAGAGCAGCCAGUUACUUGGAAAAGAGCAUCCAGCAUGGAUGAGGUGCUUCGCGUGGCAGACGUGAUAAGUCUGCACCCAGUCUUAGAUAAGACCACUUAUCAUUUGAUCAACAAAGAAAGUCUUGCAACCAUGAAGAAGGAAGCAAUUCUUGUAAACUGUAGUAGGGGUCCCGUGAUUGAUGAAGUUGCACUUGUGGAACAUUUGAAACAAAAUCCUAUGUUUCGUGUUGGUCUUGAUGUCUUUGAGGAUGAACCUUACAUGAAGCCUGGUCUUGCCGAAAUGAAGAAUGCCAUUGUAGUACCUCACAUUGCUUCUGCUUCCAAGUGGACUCGUGAAGGAAUGGCAACUCUAGCAGCUUUAAAUGUCCUGGGAAAGAUUAAAGGAUACCCAGUAUGGGGCAACCCAAAUCAAGUAGAACCUUUCUUGAACGAGAAUGCUCCUCCGCCGGCUGCAUCUCCAAGUAUUGUCAAUGCAAAAGCCUUAGGUUUACCUGUAUCAAAACUAUAAAGCUUGAAACGACAAUCAACUAAGGGCUCCGCGGUUCGUGUUCCAUUUCACGUAUUUUGUUUAUGCUUUUUCAAGUGAGAAUUCAGUACUUAUCAGAAGUAUUAACAACCCUGUAGAAAGUAAUUACUAUAAGGAGUAAUAUCAGCAUUAGUGUUAUGCCUUUUUCUUUAUGAUGUUGCAACUGGCUUCAAAAUUCACGAGUAUAAGGGCUUAUAUUUUGCUGGUUAUGGGUUUCUAAAUACUGUAAUGAUUCUAUGUGCUGUUUUUCCCUUUUAAUCCAAGUCUCAAGUGUUCUUUGA